AUGUCGUUUCAGGAAUGUCUACCCGAUGGUAUCCGACUUCAUAUCGAUCCGGUGGGGAUUUUUGUCGGACAUGUCUACGUUAAAGGACAUUUUAAUGGAGAGAGAUGUCAUUUAAACUAUUGUACCAAAUCAGUACGGGAACCAUUCGCUAUGGAGGUCCCAUAUCGUGGUGAAUGUAAUGUACGCCGGCAUCGAACGCUUCACCCGCAUACGGUCACCUACGAGGUUACCGUAGUGAUCCAGCAUCAUCCGCUAUUCAUCACGGCCGGCGAUCGAGCUUAUCGUCUGAACUGUAUCUACAGACAAGCGGACGCUACGUUGACGCAAAACAUUAACGUUAAUGAUCCAUCACCGACACCAAUCGAAGGACUAUCCGUGCCGGAAUGUCGUUACGAAGUGCUUACGUCGAUUAACGGACCGAUUCUACGUUUUGCAAACGUUGGCGAACCAGUCGUACAUAAAUGGAGUUGUAAUUCAGAGCUUCAUGGUUUUGUGGUGCAUUCGUGUGUGGUUCGAGAUCCAGCCGGUGUUGAGUACAAGCUCAUAGAUGAAAGAGGUUGCAUCAUCGAGAAGGACCUUGUGCCCGAUGUGAUGUACGCUACCGAUCUCACCUCGGCGUACACGACUAUAAACGCUUUUAGAUUUGCUGAUCAAAUUGUCGUACAUUUUGCUUGUCAGAUAACCUUAUGUCGGAAACAGGAACAAGGUUGUGAGGGAAUCGCUCCACCAACAUGUCGUCCAAUCGAUUUCCCACCAAUUCGUGCUCAAUAUCGUCACGGAACGACAACAGCUCCGCUGAAAACGCCAACGUUAGCAAUUCUAACGAAACCGAAGGUUAUCACGUCAUAUACGCGUCAACAACAACAACAACAACAACAACAACAACAACGACAACAACAGCAACAGCAACGACAACAACAACAAUGGACAACACCAAGCCCCGUUACGUCAACUACAGCUAAAAGGGUCGAACCAGUAGCUCACUUCCAUGGGAUCGUCACCUCAGCACCGCUGCCCACAUUUCCAUCAUUUUCCACAAUAUCAAAGGAUCUGGAAGUAAACGAAGUGGCCAGCGGUGAAAAUCCAGAAUUUGGCAUAGAAAUCACAAAAGUGGCGCCAUCAUCACAACAAACAGAAACAGCGCUCGGAUAUCGUACGGAGACGUUAUCCUCGGUGUUUGACGUCCCCGCAGGGGUUGAGAUCGAUCCGAUGCCAAAUCCCACCCCGGCGCAUAUUUUUUACGCCAGUAAUCGAAAACCACGUAGUCAUAGAGCAAAUCCGGAAAAUAUCACUGUUGAAGUGGAAGCAAAAGAGAUGUUGAUCUUCUCAUCUGACGAUUCUGAUCGUAUUGAGAUCCCACCACCGGCGAUCACCGAUAGUCCACUGAUUAAACCAUGUUCACGAGCAUUUAUUAAUCAGACGGUGUUCUUGGUUGCGGCUGCUUUAAUGCAGGCCACAUCUAUUGCUGUGAUUUUAAUUCAGAGAAGGUUAUACAAACGUAGCAUUGAAGAAUUAUUAUUACGGAUUCCGACAAAAGAGUAUUGA